AUGUCUCAAGCUCCAACAGGGAAAAAGGGUGGGAAAGGUCCCCCGAAGAAACCGGUGGACGACGACAAGUCUUCGAAGGCGGAAGACAAAGAUGAAACGUCCUCUAACAAUGGAGACAAGAAAGAAGCUAAGGAUAUCAGCAUCCCAGAUGUCCCGAAGCCACCGAGCGCGGGCGUCAAUAUGCGGGAAGCGGCUGCGAAGAUCCUCGUUCUUGCACAAAAGGGAGAGUGGUCCGCGGUGGAACAGACCCUCAAGGCGCUGGAGAAAUUGGUGGCUGCGGGCGGAGAGGAUAUUGUGUCUGUUCCGAUGGCUGGGAUCGUCGAUCCGACAACUGGCAUGACUCCACUGAUGUAUGCUGUGAAGGACAAUCGGACGUCGUUCGUGGAACGGCUGAUAGAACUUGGCUCGGAUGUUGGUGCCAGGAAUAAUGAUAACUACAAUGUCUUACAUAUCUCUGCUAUGUACUCCAGGGAAGACAUUGUGAAACUCCUUCUGUCAAAGAGAGGAGUUGAUCCAUUUGCAACAGGAGGUAGUCGGCAACAAACUCCAGUACAUUUGGUAUCGAGCAGACAAACUGGCACAGCGACGAGUAUUCUUCGUGCUUUACUUACUGCUGCAGGAAAGGAUAUUCGAUUACGACCUGAUGGGUUCGCCGAUAGACAUUGCACUGCAUGGAGUUCGGUUAGGUGUGAAUCCGCGAUGUCGGAAGAUAGAAAUAUUCCCAGAAGCGCGAAUGUUGUCGUGCGUUCGGACACUCGUAGCCCACCCAUGAACCUGUCUAAAGACUUGCAGAAGCUCGAAUUGAGCUACAUCGAGCUAAAUAAAGAGCGAGCUCGCCUCAAAGAGUGGAAAAAGCUAAUUCGAGAAAUGGUGUUCCAGAGAGGUAAGAUCCCGCUGCUGCUGGCCGUGGAGGCGGGGAACCAGAGCAUGGUGCGGGAGCUGCUCAGUGCGCAAACAGCGGAACAGCUCAAGUCGUCAACACCAGCGGGCGAUACAGCGUUGCACUUAGCAGCAAGACGCAAAGAUGUAGACAUGGCUCGAAUCCUCGUGGAUUAUGGUGCCGUGGUAGAUGCAGUCAAUGGGGCUGGGCAGACAGCCUUGCACAUAGCAGCCGCAGAAGGAGACGAACCCCUCGUGAAGUACUUCUAUGGUGUUCGAGCGAAUGCAGCUAUAGCAGACAAUGAAGACCGGACACCAAUGCACCUCGCUGCAGAAAAUGGGCACGCAGCGAUCAUAGAACUCCUCGCAGACAAAUUCAAAGCAUCAAUAUUUGAGAGGACAAAAGACGGUAGCACAUUGAUGCACAUCGCUUCACUUAACGGUCACGCGGACUGCGCUAUGAUGCUGUUCAAAAAGGGGGUAUACCUUCAUAUGCCAAAUAAGGAUGGGGCUAGAAGCAUCCACACAGCAGCUCGGUACGGCCAUGUAGGUAUCAUCAACACCUUGCUGCAGAAGGGAGAGAGCGUGGACGUCACGACAAAUGAUAAUUACACCGCUCUUCACAUAGCGGUAGAGUCAUGCAAACCGGCCGUCGUGGAAACUCUUUUAGGCUAUGGAGCUGAUGUCCACAUUCGAGGUGGAAAACAACGAGAGACCCCAUUGCAUAUAGCCGCAAGGAUACCAGACGGUGACAAGUGUGCCCUAAUGCUGUUAAAGUCUGGAGCCGGUCCCAACAAAGCGACAGAAGAUGGCAUGACGCCGGUACACGUUGCCGCUCGAUACGGAAACCUUGCUACUCUGGUGCCCCCUUUGGAAGAGGGCGGUGGCCCCCUAAGAAAAACAAAGAUACUGGAAGAAGUUUAG